AUGGAGAUGAAGGAUGGUAAGGUGGAGGAGAGUAUGGAUGCUGUGAAGGUGGAGGAUAAAACUGAGGAUGGGAAGGUGGAGGAUAGUGUGGUAAAGGUGGAGGAGAGUGUGGAUGCUUUGAAGGUGGAGGAGAGUGUGGAUGCUGUGAAGGUGGAGGAGACUGAGAAAAAUGUGAAUGUGGAUGAUGGGGAGAUUGAGAAUGAUGUCAAAUUGGAUGGUGGUGAGAUUGAGACUGAUGUGAAGGUGGAUAGUGGGGAGAUGUUGCUCUCCGAUAUGAUGCAAGAAAUAAUUGAGAAAAAGAAGGAUAAGGUCAAGGUCAAGGUUCAAAAGGUUGAGAAGAAAGCCAAGGAUGGGAAGGAUAAAGUCAAGGUCAAGGUUGAGAAGGAUGCCAAGGAUUCGAAGGAUGGGAAGGAUUCGAAGGAUGGGAAAGAUUCGAAGGAUGCCAAGGAUUCGAAGAAUGGGAAGGAUGAGAACGAUGAUGAUGAUUUCCAAUUAUAA